AUGAUGACAUCAAAUAUCUUAUCCCGCUUCCUCCCUCCUACUGCUUCUCGAUCGGUAUACGAGGCCAUUCGACAACAUGAUGCCAACUCGGAUUCAUCAGAUGUGGAGGAACGGGCCGGCUUGACAUUUGACGAGGAUGAUCAUAGGGAUCGCUUUAGUGAUGGGGAGCUGGAGGAAGCUCUGGCUGAUGCUAGGGAGAGUGGCUUGACGAGUCCGGGUACCGCCUUCUUGUCCCAAGGGCGUCAACGCCGCGCUUCGGGAGAGGGUUAUGGCAAGGCGGGCUCCCGACAUCGCAAGGCUAGUCGUCCUAGAUGGAUGCAGUCGACUUCUCCAGGAUACGAGGCCGAAGAUGUGGACGACGAUGUGCCUGCUUCCCUUUUGGUCGAGGGACAUCAGGAUGACGACGACUUCAAGACCCGACUUCCCCCUCCUCCUGGUCUUCACCGCCACCCCGAUCCAGAGCCUCCUGUUGCCGGCCCUUCAUCACGGGGAGACCGAGCCCGUUGGGAGACGGCCAGAGAGCAACAGCCCCUGCAUAAUACUGGUAAUGCCAAUCUUCGAAGACAUCCACCGGUGCAAAGAUGGUCGGUCAAGCAGCCCAAUCUGGCUUCAAUCCACCCAAAGGAUAAAGCGAUGUGGAGAUGGGCAAAUGUUGAAAACCUGGAUAACUUCUUGAAAGAUGUUUAUACGUACUAUUUGGGGAGGGGAAUGUGGUCUAUGCUGCUGAACCGGGCGUUGUACUCCUUAACCAUUGCCUUUGUUGUGGGAUUUACCACCUUUCUUACAAACUGCGUCGACUACCACCGUGUCCCAGGGAGCAAGACAAUGGACGAUAUACUUAUUCCGCGAUGCACUUCAAAAAUGUCUACAUCCUCGACCUUACUCCUCUGGCUGCUCACUUUCUUCUGGAUUUGGAAGGUAUUGCAAUUCCUGCUAGACAUCAGAAGGCUCAAGCAUAUGCAUGACUUUUAUUUGUACCUGCUGGGUGUCUCCGAUGCCGAGAUACAGACUAUUUCAUGGCAGGAGAUUGUAAGUCGACUCAUGACGCUCAGGGAUGCAAACCCUGCCACCGCCGCUGCGGUCUCUGCCAAGCAUCGUCAAUUCAUAGGCAGUCAGUCGAAGCAGCGCAUGGAUGCUCACGAUAUUGCCAACCGGCUUAUGCGCAAGGAAAACUAUUUGAUUGCGCUGGUGAACAAAGACAUACUAGAUCUAACCUUACCCGUACCAUUCCUUAAGAACCGCCAGUUCUUCUCAAACACACUAGCUUGGAAUCUCCAACUCUGCAUUAUGGACUAUGUUUUUAACGAGGAAGGCCAAGUCCGAACCUUGUUCCUCAAGGACACUCAUCGCCGGGCCUUGAGUGAGGGCUUGCGCCGACGAUUCAUGAUUGCGGGCAUCAUGAACAUUUUUGUAGCGCCCUUUCUUGUCGUCUUUAGUCUGAUGCUUUAUUUUUUCCGUUAUUUUAACGAGUUUAAGAAAAACCCGUCCCAGAUUGGGUCCCGCCAAUACACCCCCUUGGGAGAUUGGAAAUUUCGCGAGUUCAACGAGCUCCGUCAUUUGUUCGAGAAACGGAUUCACAUGUCGUACCCGUUUGCCAGUCGCUAUCUGGAUCAAUUCCCCAAUGACAAAAUGGCUCAAGCGGCGCAGUUCGUGGCAUUCAUUUCAGGUGCCCUGGCCUCGGUGCUAGCUCUUGGUUCCCUUAUUGACCCGGAGCUGUUCUUGGGAUUUGAAAUCACGCCUGAUCGAACGGUUCUCUUUUACCUGGGUGUGUUUGGGUCCGUUUAUGCCGUUGCUCGGGGCAUGGUGCCUGAAGAGACGGAUGUUUUUGAUCCCGAGUACGCUUUGCUUGAGGUGAUUAAUUUCACACACUACUUUCCCGGUCAUUGGAAGGGACGGCUGCAUAGCGACGAGGUUCGGAAAGAAUUCGCCACGAUUUAUCAGAUGAAGAUUAUGAUAUUCCUAGAAGAGAUGCUGAGCUUGAUCUUCACGCCGUUUAUUCUGUGGUUCAGCCUGCCCAAGUGCAGUGACCGUAUCAUCGAUUUCUUCCGGGAGUUUACCGUCCAUGUUGACGGGAUGGGAUAUCUCUGCUCUUUCGCUGUCUUUGAUUUCAAGAAGGGCGCGAAUGUGAUAUCGCAAGGUGAUGCCGGUCGACGAGAUCCCGCGAGGCAGGACCUGCGGGCGGACUACUUUUCUACCAAAGAUGGCAAGAUGCUGGCGUCGUACUAUGGGUUCUUGGAUAAUUACGGUACGAACCAACGAAUGCCGCCUGGCAGACGGCCGUUUCACCCUCCACCGAACUUCCCAACGCUUGGGUCUCCCUCGGGCGUUGAAAUAGGCGGAAUCGGCGACAGGCUUGACCAGACACAGGCACGGCCAUUUGGACCGGGAGUAGGUGCCUCCAUGGCUCAGCAGUCUGCUUUGGGGCCUCCCCGAUUCAACAUUAUGGGGUUGGGUGAACAACCGUCCCCCGCACCCUCCAUGCUUCUUGAUCCGCAUCACCAGCCUUCGGCAUCUGGCUUCCGCUCCGUGAACCGCGGAACUCCCUAUUCGCGGUACCGACCGGCACGUCCACCACUCGGCGUAUCAGACCCGAUUGAAGAUGACGAUGAGUCGCACUCGAGGGAUGUCCGCAGUCCCCCAACCGGACAACCAUCACAAGCCGCCGGAGGGUCGAGCGGUGGAGUAGGCAACAGCGAUAGCAACCUAGGCGACUCAUGGAGGGUCAACAUGAUGGACCAUUUAGAAGAGGACGAAGACCACAACGGCGAGAGAGGUGAGAAUGUGGAAGCGAUUGCCGGAGGCGCUGGAGUCUUGGGACUUAUCCAACAGUUCCAGAAAGCAAGUAAUACCGGUAGAGGACGAACAACAGUUGGUAUAUAG